AUGAGCCACAAACCGCGAACUUCAUCUAGCAAGAUACUUCGCACCCACUCCCGGGGCACAGGUCCUACCCCUCUGCCUCAGGAUGCGUCGAUGUUGUCGUCCGAGGCAUCUUGGUCCGAGGAUGACGAUGACGUCCUGAAAUUCAGCACCACCCAGUUCGCCUUGAAAGCCACUAACGACUGCAUACAACGCAAGUUUGCAAGGCUGCAGGCUAACGCCCUCCGUCUCAAGCGAGAGCUGUGGCUGCUCCAGCGGCACGUCAAGAAUUUCAAUCACCCACUGUACGAAACAUGGGAGGCUGAUAUUCUUACACGUCUCAUCGAGGUUGCCCACGCGCACCAGCGCCGCCACAAGCUUCACGCGGGCGUUGCCAUCGGUGAGAGCACGGUUGCCGAGCGCGAGAAUCUCUACCACGCAUAUAACAAUGCUGUCAAGCAGAUUCGUGAGAGCACUCUCCUCAAGAUCGGCCUUGAUGAGAAGUACUACGAGGCACUGUUGCGCUAUCAUGAGGUCGCACCGUAUCGAAGUCCGAAUCCAUUCCAGACGGAAAAUGCCUUUGCCAAGUGGCUGAUCGACGAGAGGGAACAGCGGCCUGCGAAGUUCGACUUCUGGGCCAAGCUGUUCCCUGUCUGCUACGACCGAACUGUGGAGGAGAGCGCCAGCAUGUUUUAA